GUUUUUGACUAAACAUUAACACAUGACAUAAAGUCAUAAACAUAACCUCUUUUUCUUUUCUUUGUCAACACUCUCUCUCUCUCUCUCUCUCUCUCUCUCUCUCUCUCUCUCCCUCUUUAUUCUCACCCAUUUCAUCUCUCUCUCUCUCUCUCUCUCUCUCUCUCUCAUAAUCUUCUUCUUCUUUGAUGUUGUUGUUGCCACGACCAUGGCCGUGGAACUCAUGACAGGUUACAACAACAACAACAACAGAACCGAAACUUUCACAAGCAUAGCCGAAGAAAAUGCUGUCCAAGAAGCAGCGUCUGGUUUAGAAAGCGUUGAAAAACUCAUCAAAUUACUCUCACAAGCACGCCAUCAAUACCAACCUUCAAAUCCCAACAACAACAACAACCCUUCCAUGGAUAUUGAAAGAGAUUGCAACGCUUUUGCAGACAUAGCUGUUUCCAAAUUCAAACGUGUUAUCUCACUUCUUGAAAAAACCAGAACCGGUCAUGCUCGUUUCAGAAAAGCACCUUUACCACAAACUCAACAGAUUCAAAUUUCUGAAACACCAAUCUUCAACGCUACACCUUUACAACAAAUUCCACCACAACCACCAACAACAACAAAUCUUCACCGUUCUGUAAUCCAAAGAAAAGAUUCAUCAAAAACCCUUAAUUUUUCAUACUCCUCUGCUGCUAAUUCUUUCAUUUCAUCACUCACCGGCGGUGGCGGCGACACCGAUAUCAAACAACAACCCUCAUCAUCAUCACCGGCUGGAGCUUUUCAGAUAACAAAUCUUUCUCAAGUUUCAUCUGUUGGUAAGCCACCACUUUCAUCUUCUUCAUUGAAAAGAAAGUGUAGCUCUGAAACUUUGGGUUCUGGAAAGUGUGGUAGUUCAUCUAGCCGUUGUCAUUGUUCCAAAAAGAGGAAAAUGAGAUUGAAAAGGGUUGUUAGGGUUCCUGCAAUUAGCUUGAAGAUGGCUGAUAUUCCACCAGAUGAUUAUUCUUGGAGAAAAUAUGGUCAAAAACCUAUUAAAGGUUCACCUCAUCCAAGGGGAUACUACAAGUGCAGUAGUGUGAGAGGAUGUCCAGCAAGAAAACAUGUAGAGAGAGCUCUUGAUGAUGCAUCUAUGUUGGUAGUUACAUAUGAAGGAGAACACAAUCACUCACUUUCUGCAGCUGAUGCUACUAAUCUCAUUUUAGAAUCAUCAUAAUUCAUGUUGUUACAAUAUUUUUCAAAAUGGAAAUUAAUUGAUGGAUGGAUGGUUGGUUAUGGUUUGUAGAAUUAAUUAAUGCAAGAUUUAUUUACUCAAUGUUGAAAGGAGAAAUUAGUUGGUGUUUAAUUUCCCCGUACAAAAAGAGUCAAAAGAUGGUGGAUUUGGUAAACGGAUUUGAAUCUCAAAAUUAAAGAAAAGAAAGUGGGUUUUAUUUCUUUUUUUUAA